AGUACUGUGCCAAAUUCCAUGCCGUUAAGUAACCGGACCCGUUGCGCUGGAGUAUCAUCCCCGGUGUCCGAUCAACCGGGACGUGGGAUCAAUGAGCUUGCACUGGAACAAUUGCUUGCUGACUGUAGGUGUGUGUGUGUGCGCGUGUUCGUGUGUGUGUGACGUUUUAGUGGGUGUGUGUAUGUGUUUGUUGUAAGGAUUUGCAGGAUCUUUGCCUCCAAUGUACGAUGCUACGCAGGAAAGCGGUGCUCGUGGUGCACUUGGUGUGAUAAUUUGAAGUUGCCUAAUUUACCAGCAAAAAUUGAUAAAGAGAAAGGAUGGAAAUAUAGUGAUUCUUGUACGGUUAGUGGAAUUCAGAAUGAUUCUAGUGGUGAAAGACGCCAACGCAAGUGUGCGAAGCAAUGCAGCCAAGUUUAAAAAGUGAUCUUUCAAUGUUCCAAAUCAACCGGAACCGAUAGCAGCAGAUUCGUGACGCAUAAAGAGCGAUCCCAUCACGGUACAGCCUUCGGAACCGGAACUGGUGCGCACAGCGAGUGUGUGAGGACGCACGACAUGGAGCAGUUGGCUUAGGGGGUUAGCGGACGCCUACUGAACGAUGGGGACAAUCGACCCCACGUCAGUUGCUUGCCGGAUCAGCGCGCUGUUGAUGAUGAUGGCGAUGGCUGCAUGCGCUGAAGCGCCCUCUAGCGUACGGCGAAGACGGCACCCCAUUGUUUGCAGACAGCGGUCCUUCGGCCAGUCCGGGCACUAGUGAUGGGUUGCGUGUGGAGACGUGUCGUGUGCAGGUGAUCGAAGCGAGCCAAGCGAGGCAGAGAGAAAACGAAACGAAAGUGUCAACUCUCGUCAACCUUGGCGGGGGGAUCUGUGCGACCUUUCCGCUUACGAACAGUGGGCCCGUGAACACAUUCUUGUAGCAAGAAGCAAUAGAAAAAAAAACCACCACAACAACAUACACACAGCAAGAGGAGAUCACCCGAAAGACGGUCCCCCAGAUGGAUAGAAACAAUUCUUUUGCCUAACGAUUUUUUUCUCCUCCCAUCUACUUCUUUCUCUUUUUCCCCUCUGGCACGGUGCCACCGACUAAAACCUGGUGAAAAAAGGGAUAACAAACAUAUUUCGCCAAGUGUAAAGUUUCUGGAUUAGCAUGGUUUGCGCGGGUUGAAGGAUUCGCCAGAAGACGUGCGUUAGAGUAUCCAGUGAGCAAGUGAAGUGAAGUGAGUUGCGUUCGCCUAAGUGCAAAACGCUCUAGUGGUUACGAGUACGGAGAGCUGUGCAUGUGUGUCCGUGUGUGUGCGUGUGCUAAAGUGUGUAUGUGAUCCUAGUUCCUGCGGCCAGCCCUGGGCGUCCUGGCGUCCCGUGCGAUACACGAUGAAACUAAGUGUCAGUGCCUAUCGAGCCCAUGCAUCAGCACACAAGAAAAUCCUCUCCAGCAGUAGCUAUCAGACACAGUUCAACUACGGAAGUACGGCGGCCGCUUCCAGCUCGGCACCGACCUCGUCGGCACUGUUUUCAGAGCUGGAGCACUUGUUGGCAGACUCUGAGCCUCAGCAGGAUAAAUGUUGACAUUGAGGUGUUAUUUGUUGGUAACCGUCUGGUGUUAGGCUCGACGGUCAGCUUGAACGCGAUUCCUUGGGCAAACGGUACGACGAUGGACCCGACGAAUCCGAGUGCAGCAGCAUCCGGAGGGGCUAUACUACCAACAUGUUCGACCAUAUCGUCCGCCAGCUCACAGCUGCACCAUCCGAACCCUGCGUUCGGUGGGAUCGGAGGAGUCACAUCCGGUCACGGUGCCACCGGAAGUGGAUCCGGCGGCGGCGUCGGCGUAGAUCACGCUUCGAGCCUGCUCAGUCCGACCCUGCUGUCACCGGGGACGAACACCGGCACGGCCUCGAUUGCGACCUCGCGCGACGAGGAGGACGACUCGAGCAAUCAGGCUUCGUCGGGCAGCAAAGGUUCCGGCCAGCGUUUCAGUCGUUCUGCGUCUCGCACACCACCGAAGGUGCACACCUCACUGGUGUCACGUACGGCCAGUGAGGACGGAUGUCAGCGAGCCGACUACCAGUCGACGCAGCAACGUACCAGCGCCGGGCUGGUCCGGCGUACGCCCGUACCGGCCCACUAUCAAUCAAUUGACCGUAGUCACAGCUUCAACGACCAUGAUCACGAUCCGAUGUCCCGAUGGUAUCAGUACCAUCAGCAGCGUCACCCACUGUCCCGCACCGGCAGUCGCACCGGAAGUAUCCCGCGUGGCCAACGCCGCCGGUACUCGCUGCGGGACGACGUCGACGACGACAACAACAACGGCAGCAUGCCGACCGGACUGAAUCGCAUGGUGUCGUUCGAGAGUGUCGGUGGGCACAGUUCCUGCAGUGGGUUGCUCACACGCCACCGCGUAAGCCAUCCGUCCGUGGCGUCCUCGUCGUUCGAUCAGUUCGAGCCGGUGAUUGGUUCACUCGACAGCCACCAACCAUCGUACCAGCAGCAGGACGAGCUGUCGUCUGCCGCCCAGCACCAGCAGCAGCAGCUCAGCAAAUCCAUCUCCAACGGCACGACACGGGGCGCUCAGAGCUGGAAAAACCUACGCGCCGUCAUGGCGUACUACUGUUCGUUGCGGAAAAUUAAGAGGACGAAGUCAAACCAACGAUGGAUGAAGUUACGCACGACGGUACAAAUUUCCUCUGCCAUGCAGAAGAAACCACCUCUCAAGCGGGAGGAUUCCUUUUUGAAGCGAUUCUCCACCCGUCAGAUACCGGAGGCACAGGAAACGGUGGAAGAUACCGGGUCCGAAGGUGCGACCGAUGCGGAGAAAACGGUCCGACGGAGACGUCGCUUCGCCAAGAUCCCGCGCACGGUCGUGAAUCCGGACGAGAACUUCUACUUCUACUGGCUCAUGAUCGUGACGAUCAGCAUACUGUACAACCUGUGGACGUUGAUCGUGCGGCAGAGCUUUCCGGAGCUGCAGAGCAAUGCGAGCCAUUUCUGGCUGUCCUGUGAUUGCCUCACCGAUAUAGUAUUCAUCUUCGACGUGGCGGUACAGCUACGCACCGGCUACCUGGAGCAAGGUCUGAUGGUGUACGACUCGCGGAAGCUGGCCGGACACUAUUUACGAUCGCGCGCUUUCCUUCUAGACUUGGCGGCGCUAGUGCCGCUAGAUAUUUUACAGUUCCGGUUGGGCAGUCAGCCGAUGUUGCGAUUUCCAAGGUUUUUCAAAGUCUAUCGAGCGGUCAAGUAUUACUACAUCGUAGAGAGUCGCACCGUGUGGCCUAACCUAUGGCGUGUCGUCAACCUGAUACACAUACUGCUUAUACUUGCCCACUGGUUCGGGUGCUUCUACUUCCUGCUGUCCGAGGCGGAAGGCUUCCAGGGCGACUGGGUGUAUCCGUACCGGCCGGGCGACUACGCCACGCUCACCCGCAAAUACCUCGGCAGCCUGUACUGGUCGACGCUAACGCUCACAACCAUCGGUGACCUGCCGACGCCGGAAACGAAUGCCGAACCGUCACAAUCGGCGGACGGCCCUAGAUCACUUCCCCGGCGCGGCCUCAAAUCCAGACUGCUGCAGUUCAACUCGGCUCGCGGGUACGUAUUCACGAUAGUGAGUUACCUGAUCGGUGUCUUUAUCUUCGCCACCAUCGUCGGUCAGGUGGGCAAUGUCAUCACGAAUCGCAACGCCAACCGGCUAGAGUUUGAACGACUUCUGGACGGUGCCAAGACGUAUAUGCGACACCACAAGGUACCUGGCGGUAUGAAGCGACGCGUACUCCGAUGGUACGAUUACAGCUGGUCCCGGGGCCGGAUACAGGGUGGGGGCGAUAUCAAUACGGCGCUCGGUCUACUUCCGGACAAGCUGAAAACCGAACUGGCCUUACAUGUCAAUUUAAGUGUGCUGAAAAAGGUGACAAUAUUUCAAGAGUGCCAGCCAGAGUUUCUGCACGAUCUGGUGCUGAAAAUGAAGGCGUACAUCUUCACGCCGGGCGACUCGAUCUGCCGGAAGGGUGAGGUCGCCCGGGAGAUGUUCAUCAUAGCCGACGGCAUCCUGGAGGUGCUGAGCGAAACCGGCAAGGUGCUGACCACGAUGAAGGCCGGCGACUUUUUCGGUGAGAUCGGCAUCCUUAACCUGGACGGAUUGAACAAACGGACAGCCGACGUGCGCUCGGUCGGCUACUCGGAACUGUUCUCGCUGUCCCGCGAAGACGUCCUGACCGCGAUGAAGGACUACCCGGAAGCACAAGAGAUCCUGCAGACGCUGGGUCGGAAAAGACUGAUGGAGGUGCGCUGCGUCAAUAAGAAGCACGCCAACAAGCACGCCGCUAAGGAACACGCCGGUGAUCGUAGCUCAAAUACCCACAAUAACCAAGGUGAUAGUAGUGAUAAUAGUGCCUCAAAACGUAUCGUAGAUAAGCUUAGGAGUGAUGUUAAGGGACUAAAGAAUGUUCUGCGCAAGUCCAGGACGGGAACAACCAGACGUAGCAAUGAAUCGAUCGAGAUGCAACCGCUGCACGGGAACGCGACAUCGGGCGGUGGAUCGGGCGGAGCGGGCAGCGGUGGCAGCGGUGGAAGCGGUGGCAACAAAACGCCCAAAACGAUGCUGAAGCGCAUGCCGCGCGUCAAAUCGGACGACAUACACACGGAGGACGAGGGCAAAGACAAUGACAAGGUGCCGAGCCCGAUCGGUGCCGGGCUUCCACUGCUGCAGCGGCUCCGGUUGCUCAAGGAAAAACAAGAUCGCGAAGAACGAGCCGCGAAGGCGACUGCACAAAUAAUCUCACCGCCGCAUACUCACGUAACCUCUGCCAUAUCACCACAGGAAUCGAUACAGGAAGAGCCGGAACCGGAAGUGAUCGGCGCUGGGUUGCCGCUGAUGCAAAGACUGAAAUUGCUCAAAGCGAAAGAGGAUCGGCUAGCGAAGGAAAGCCAAUCGAAGCUGCAAGUGACAUCGAACCAAACAUCGAGCUCGCCUUCGAUAGUGCAGAGCAUGAGUCCGACGUCUCCCACGGUGAAAGCACCGCCGAGUCCGAUCCUGAACACAACCGGUGUGGCGGGACACCACGCCAAACCGACGAUGCGCGUGUCCUUCAAGGACCGGAUUCGCAGUCUGCACCACCAAGAUUCGAAACACCACGGUGAAUCGAAGGCAGCAUCGGUACCGGGCACGAUACACGAGACCACCGACAUGAAGCAGCAACUGCUUCAGAAUGUAGUAGCACUCGGUAAAACAGGAACCGGGCAGCAGCAGCACCAGCAGCUACAACAGCAACAUCAACCGCACCAUCCCACCAAGCCAUCCACCGCGCAAUCCCUCAAGGAUAAGAUUCGCUCGCUGGGUCAUCUAAAGGGGGACGAUCAGUUGAAACCCUGGUCCAAGCUGAAACUUGCCACGGUGGUUAGUCUUGGUGGAAGUUACACGAGCCUCAACAACGCCGCAUCCGAGGAAUCGCCCAUACUGAAACAGUCAAAGCGCAACCGGCUCAAAACUUCCAUCCCGGCCGAUCUCAACCUAAACUCGCUGGCUUCGAUGACACCUCCGCCUAUUUCGUCUGCACCUCCCACAACCAGCACUCCUCCGACGUCCUUCCUGCCGAACAAGAUCCUGUCCUGUGCGGCGGGUGAAGCUGCUUCGGUCAGUGAUAGCGAGGUGGCUAGUGGAAGCCGAACGCAACGAACCCCUGCGCCUUCUAGUUCGUCACGGGCCGUUCCGGCACGGGUACGCAUGAAACCGAAGCCGAUCAAACUGGUAUCGAGCGAACCGAAGAGCUAUCUGUCGAUAGACGACCUGUCACCCGAGUACUGCGGACUACCCUUCGUCAAGAAGCUGAAGAUCCUGAACGAACGCCAGAAGCUAGCCGAACUGGAGUCGGCCAUCAAGACACGCAGCCUUAGUCUCGACUGUACCGAUUCGAACACCAGCACCGCCAGCACACACGACCUGCUCGACCAGCUGACGCGCAGCCAGAGCGAGGGUUCCGGUAUGGCGCACACGGUCCGCUCGAAGAGCGAGUCCCCCAAGCGAUCCGAUUCGAACGGUCUGCUGCCGCUCAGCCCCGAGUCGAACGAAACACUCGAGCGGCGCCAGCUGAAGAGCAUACUGAAGAAACUGUCCGAGGACAAAGCAGCACUAGAACAACGCCCAAACCGCGACCUCAAGAAGCUGAUGCGAGCGCAGACGGUCGAAGGGUACGUUGCCAGACACAGCAAAUUCACCAAAAGCGUCACCUUCCAUAGGAACACACUCUCUAGCCCUCCCAGCAGUGCUGCCCAGUGUGACUCUAUUGAAGAACGUAGUCUUUUUCCCCUUCUUAGCGCACAAACGGCUCCCGGCACGACACCGGGCGUGCCGCAUUCCAUAUCCUCGGUACCGCUGACCUCGUCGCACGCUGACGACCGUCUGUCGGUGACCACCGCCUCCAUCGAACAGGAGCACGAACGCUACUAUCAGGUGCUCCACGAGGAGCACCACCAUCACGCCGAACACCACCGAGAGGAGCAUCACCAGUUCCAUCGGAUAUCUCCGACGGGGCCACCGGGACCGGAUGGGCUGGGUCGAACGGUGGACGACGAUGAUACGCGCAGCGCUCUGGCGGUCAUCAGCAAUGGUGACGCGCAUCGGGGCUUUCCUUACGAUCCGCACGCAGAUCCGGAUAUCGAUCUAGAUCCGGACGGUGUGGAUCCGACGAACAGGUCUUCACUUUCCACCCUGGCCACCCAGCGUAAACUGAUCAAAGGUUCACUGGAGGAGCAGGAGUUUUUCGGCGAGGUGUUGCUGGGCAUCAAGCAGGUCAUCCAGACGCAUAUGAAGGAGAUACAGGUGAAGUUUCAGGACGAGUUCUUCAAUCUGGAGCUGGAGGUAAAGAAGCGGGAUGACAUCAUAUCAAAGCUGCAGAAUCGCAUCCUGGAGCUCGAGGCCGAACAGCAGCAUCACGGACUAAUGGUGCAACUGCCGCCCGAACAGGGUGAUACGCCUUACCACAAGUCCGCAUCAUCUGGGUCCGGCAGUACCGGAUCGUCUAAUGAGUUACCAUUCAUGCGUGGAGAUUCGCUGGACACCAUAUUUGCCUCAUCUCCACACUCCGAUUCCGAUGCACCACGGCAACCGAAGACACGCAGCCGAAAACCUCGCACAUCACCACGCCAUCGGCAGCUGCGCAAUCGGCCCACCUGGGACGAGUCCACGGAUCAGGAUAGUUUCGAUCGCAAGGACUCACCACCGCUUGGUACCGGACAGCAACCCGGUAAUGGCGCAUCCACCGGAGGUCUGUCUGGACCCCCACCUCCAGUACCACCGCGACGAUUGUCCGCCACAGCAACGUCAACCACAACCGCCGUCACUAUGUCCGCUACCACGGAUCGUAUUCGCAGCCCUUACCGAGACCUGGUCAUUUCCGAACUUACCGGCAACAUCAUCUCGGACAGUGUGAUCGUGAACAUUGAGGCCACGUCCAGCUCGCAGUCGGAAUCACAGUCCGAAACCGAUCAACCCUUCGGCGAGGAGAACGAAGAGGAGGAGGAGGAGGAAGAGGAAGACGAGGAGGAUGGUGAGGCGAGACAACUGAUGAGACACGGUCGUCCUCGGAGACGUGAAACGGAAGAUGACGAUGAGGACGAUGACGACGAUGAUGAUUGUGGUGAUGAGCCGGACUGUGGCGAAGAGCUAGAGGGCGAACAGGAACAGGAAGAGGAAGAAGCAGGCAACGAAGAGGAAGAGCAAGAAGAGGAAGAGCAGGAAGAGGAAGAGGAGGACGAGGAGGAGGAAGAGGAAGAGCUCAAUCACAACGACUGGGAGGUGCGGAUGCUGGCUGCGGAGUUGAAGAAGCGCGAAAGCAUCAGCACCGACUUCCCGAGCGAACUGGACGGUGGUGGCGAUGGGUUGGUGCGUCGUCGAAGCACCCGCAAACGUAGCGACACGGACACGGACGGCAGUGACGGGACGGAGCGGGACGCCUUCGGUCGACCCCGUGCCGCCAGCCUCGAUCAGCACAAUCUACAGCGACGGGCCGCCUUUGGACGAGCUGGCCGGGCACCGACGAUUGCGGGUCCACCGUCUACCGGCGGACCGAGUGCGUCCCGGUCCCGGGGCGGUCUCUUCAAGGCGUUGAGCUUCGAUCGGGACAAAGAUCGUCUCUGAGAAUUAAGGCUUCACUGUGAGGUGUGCAUGUUUACCAGCAUCACCCAGGUCGUCGUGAUCGAGUGGAAUGGGAAUGGGCGCCGGAUACUGACCAAACCGAGCGUCUCCCGGAUCACGCACGGGGCGUCAAACUGAGUCCCGCACGCACGCGCAAUACUACACCGCCCUGGUACUCCCGUUCAAUCAUCGCCCUUCCCAUUAGCUGGUGCUUCCAUCGGCUCAGUAGUGAGAUUAACGUAACGCAAUUGGCAAUUUGUUUAGCAAUCGUUGGAGCUGACACAACACGGUCUGUCUCUGUCUCUUUCUCUGUCUCCCAGUUCCCGUCCAGAGCAAUGCAAAGCAUUUUGUUGCACCGUUUUGUGUUGUUUUGCGGUUCCGAACCAGUUACCAUGUCCGCUCCGGUCCGCUGGUACAGUGACCGGUAAACGCUUAGCGUUAGGUAGCAGCAGAACCAUAAAGAUAGAUUCGUUAGAGCUUAGAAGUGGGUGGGCGCAAAGUAAAAGUCCACCUUUCUGCACGCUUUCAGGUAGCCAAAGUUCUUAGCUGUUGAAGCAUGAUCUUCAGCUAGUUGAUACAUCUAGCACAAAUCAACCGGAGUACGUGAUCUCCCAAUGCAAGCAAGUCAAACGAACAGUUCAAGCGUGAUCGAUCGUACGUUCCAGUUUCAAUUAUCUUUCGUUUGUGUUUUCGUAAGAGCAAAGUUCGGUGAGGUAGAAUUAGGAAGGUAUAAUUUUACUGAUAGUGUAACUAGCGACAAACUAUUGUAAUUCGAAAUUACCUUUUAAUUGCGAUGCGCCUGACACACGAACUUACAACACUUCUCUAGGGAGUGUAUCACUGAUCACUGUAGGCAGCGUAGACAUCACUAAGCAUACCAUACCCUGCCUAGGUACUAUCAAAUCUACAUCCACCUAUUAGAUUUGAAACCGAGUUAAUCGUGAGAUUUAAAGUCGGAAGGCUGACAGUUAAUGGGGCAACGGAUCUAGCUUGUAUUGAUAGUGUUGUGCGCUACUGCACACCAGGGACACACGAUGGACCUAAACCGUAGAUGGAAGUUAACGAAUGCAUGCGGGAUGCAUGGGAAGUAGCAAAAGCUUAACAUAUAUAAAUACAAACAAAAACAAAUCGACCAAACAGCACGUUAGUCACCAUUAGUCUAGGAGUGUGGACAGGUGAUUCGAAUUUUCCCGAACGAGUUCCUGAGCCGCGUCGUUUUAUACCCUCUUAACUAGUUACGAUAAAACCAGCUGGGUGGAUGAUUGUUAGGUGAUGAUGCGAUCGUUACAAAUAAAUAGUUUUCGUUACGUCCCUACAGUACACUUUUUCUUUUUUGUUACUUGUUGUUACCCAAUUUUAAAAUAUACGUUUGGACACGUUAGACUUAUCGACUUACUUUGUACUUACCAAAUACCACCAAAACGAAGGAUGAAUUUUCCUGCAGAAGAGAAACAUUAGUGUAGCGAUGAAUAUAAUACUGUUAAAAAAGAAGAAGAAAUAAUAAAUAGCACUUUAACUUUGCCAAUUAGCAAAACCAAACACACACACACACAAACAGAAAACCAGGGGUGAAAUAUGAUAGGAAGGAUAUAAUCGCAUACUACUCUAGACGGCAUAGUAACACCGGUAUAUUCAGAUUCUGAUCGUGACCAAAGACCAAACCCCUCCCCGAAACACGACAGGGCACGAUUGGAAGAACAAACAAAACUGGAAAAAUAAACAAAAUAGAAAUCAAGUAAAACUAAUUAAAAAUACACACCCACACACUUAUUUAAGUGAAUAAGAUAGAAAUGAGGAAAAGGUAUUGAAACAAGCAAACAAACAAACAAACGAUGGGUAACAUGAGAGGGAAGGAUGAUAAGCAGAACUAGUCAAACCAAAACAUCAAUAGCUUUAGUUUAACUAGUUUAGCAACAGAUGGAAACUGUAGUUUGAUCAUUCUGUGUUUUGUUUGAGUUUUUCUUUAAGUAAUUCUGGUUUGAUUUUUUAAUUUAUUUUAUUUAAAUAUUAUGGUAUUUUACACCUCUAUUUUACUUAUUAAAGCUACUAAUUUUUUGUUUUUGUUUCCUUGACUGUUAAAUCUAACGUAAUAUUUUCAUUGCGAUUUUCAUGUACACCAGUUGCCAUCUUUUGCUAAAUUUGUUAUGCCUCGUAAUACAUAAGGUAAGGGAUUUGUAUUUGGUAGUACUUUUAAAAAUGAACACUAGUAAACCACAACUCCUCUGGCAUAAGUUUGUUAGCGAGCUAGGGAGAACGAAUGAGCAAGGGAACGUGUGGCGACACUAGUUAAUAGCAUUAAGGUGAGAGUGUGUGUGUGUGUGUGUGUGAGUGUGAGCUUGUAAAAGCAUUACACACUUUUACUAGGCAGUGGUUUAGACAAGGCAAGGAUAACAAAAAACAGCAACACACAAAACAAAACCGGAUGGCAGAUGGAGUAAUGAGCGAACAAUAAAAGAGACCACACUGUUUUACCCUAGCAAGGCACAUACAUAUAAAUAUAUAUAUAGAACGAACGAAACAAACUAAAUAAUGUUAAACAAAUCAAAGCUGAUUUAAAGAUUACAACAAAAAACUAUGUAAAAACCAUACAGAACAAAACAAAAACAAACAAACAAAACAAAUGAACAAUUCGCAAAUAAAAUUUUCCCCGAAAAAGAAAACCAAGAGUCAAGAUA